GAAUGUGCUGCUGCAGGGUCUCUGACGCCAAGGUUAUUAAGUGAAUGUGUGUCGCUCGCUCGCUCGCGGUGGUCGUGACUUUAUCUAUCUACAGUAAGAUAGGAGCUCGAGAGAUUUGUGGCAGGUGGAUGUGACAUUUUCUUCAGGUUCAGCUCUGAGCAUUUGUCCUUCCCUGUGUCUUUUCAUCUCUCCUGACUUGAAAAGUCAUAUGACAGUUAUUUGAGGCCACGAUGGAGCAAGCCAGGACAACAAUUUCAAAAAUCUUCAACGGGGAGCCGCGCUCCUAUACACGCUUUAACCUGACCCAGAACAUGGAGGGGGACAACAGCCAUGUGGAGAUGAAGCUCUCAUCUGACAUGGAUGAUGAAGUGGAGGCUAACGGUGGUGGGGAAAGCAUACAUCAACAUAAUCGUCCAUAUUACCCAAGCAAGCUGAACCAGCGCUCGCCCAAAACCGUCUGUGGAAUUGUCACUGCCAUUCUGUUCCUCUUUAUUAUUGGAUACCUCAUUGGUUACCUGUCUAAUAGAAGCACAGACAAAAAUGAAAUCAAGUCAGAUUGUCCAGUUUAUAGUGAGACUACCCUAGAGAAAGAACAACCAGUUUAUUCGUUGGACUGGAGUGAUCUCAGGGCAUUGCUGAAAAAGAAACUGACAACCGGCAACAUCGAGAGCAACCUCAAGGAAUUCUCCAGUGUCAGUCACCAGGCGGGAAGCUCAGGCGAUGAGAUGCUUGCUAAUAAAGUCAUGGGAAAAUUCCGAACACUUGGAAUGAACCCCUGGACCGACGAACACUUUGUGAAAGUCCAAGAUCGUGGUACCUCAAAUAAAGUGCUGUUUCGUGGUAACUCUGUGGGAACAACCGAGGGAUAUUUGGCAUACAGUGCAGUUGCUACAGUGGAGGGAGCCGCUCUGUAUGCUCAUUAUGGACGAGCAGAGGACUUCAGUCGCCUGCAAGAGAUGAAUGUUGAUGUGAAUGGAAAGGUUGUCUUGAUCAGAGCUGGACUAUUAAGUUUCGCUGAAAAGGUGGCUAAUGCUGCUAGCUUGAAUGCUAGUGCAGUGCUAAUUUACCCAGAUCCUGAUAACAACAAAAUUAAUGAAAACACUGCUCUAUUUGGCCAUGUCCAUCUUGGCACUGGUGAUCCCUACACUCCUGGAUUCCCUUCCUUCAAUCACACCCAGUUUCCCCCGGCUGAGUCUUCUGGCUUGCCCCUCAUUCCGGCCCAAACUAUCACCAUAAAGCAGGCUACUGAGAUCAUAAGUAAGUUACGCGGUCGGCUUUUACCUGUUGGCUGGAGUCCUGAGAUGUUCUCGGAUACCAAGUUUGGUGAUGAAGGUGACAAUAUUACCGUGGAAGUGAACAAUGUCCUUGUUCAGAAAAAAAUCCACAAUGUGUUUGGAGUCAUUAAAGGUUAUUUGGAUCCAGAUCGUUAUAUGGUGAUCGGAGCUCAGCGAGAUGCGUGGGGCCCUGGAUUUGCUAGAAGCACAGUCGGCACUAGUUUACUGGUGGAGUUGGCCAGAGCCAUCACAGACAUGAUCAAGAAUGAUGGAUUCAAGCCAAAGAGGAGCAUUGUGUUUGCCAGCUGGAGUGCUGGUGAAUUUGGUAGUGUUGGGGCCACUGAGUGGUUGGAGGGUUACCUGACCUCCUUGAAUUUGAAAACGUUUUCUUACAUCAGCCUUGAUGAAGUUAUUUCAGGUUCUGACUCUUUCAAAGCAUCUGCCAGUCCACUGCUGUAUGACUUACUAGAGAGCACUAUGAAGCAGGUCUCCCAUACAACUGAUGCAACCAAAUCCUUGCAUGAACAGUUUGCUGGAUCCAGCUGGGAGAAGUCUGUAAUGGAGCCUAUGGGUUUGUCUCACUCUGCUUAUCCAUUCCAGAGCUUCUCGGGCAUCCCGUCACUUUCCUUUCGAUUUACUUCGGGUUCAGUGUCAGAGUACCCAUUUGGCACUUAUGAGGAUACCAAACAAACUCUGGACCGGUACACUUCCUCUUCCACUGUGAAACUGGCGAAGACAGCAGGUGAGGUGGCUGGGCUGGUUACUCUUCGGCUGGUACACGACCACCUACUCAAGCUGAACGUGGCGAAGUAUACCAACGUGAUCCGCAACUAUGUGUCCCAGAUCAGGACCAAAGUUGAAUCACGCCAAAUGGUUGGCCGCCUUCCUUCCACUUUGACGAUGCAGUGGCUUCUGUCAGCUCAGGGGUCGUACGAUCGUGCCGCCAGCGCCCUUGUUUCCACCAUCCGCACAAGCGAUCUUGACGACAUGGAGCAGUGUCGCAUAAUCAACAAUCGCAUUAUGAGGGUGGAAGGCAGUCUCCUCUCUCCUUACGUGUCUCCACGGGAGAGGCCGUUCCGGCACAUCAUCCUGGGCUCUGGCUCGCACACACUGGCAGCUUUAGUGGCUCACCUCGACGCUAUUAGAGGAAAUCUUCAAUCUGCUGACGUUGACCAAUUCAGGAAUGAGUUUGCUUUCGCUACCUGGACCAUCCAGGGCUGUGCCAAUGCAUUGGCAGGGGAAGUUUGGGAUAUGGAUAAUGAAAUUUGAUCACUCUGAACCAUCACUCAAGUCAAAAAAAGGAGAAAACGAUAUUGGUGCUCUGUUAAAGUGAAUUUAUGAUUCGAGGAUUACCUCAGUAUAUUUAAAGCAGUAAUUAACCCAAGAAUAGCAAUUCUGUCAUCCUUUACUCACCCUCAUGUCCUUCCAAACCUCUUCUGUGAAACACGCAUGAAGAUAUUGUGAAAAAAUGUCCUGGUUGCUCUUUUACAUGAAAUUAGUGGAGAUUUCAAACUUCAAUACAGGACCCAAGCAUCAUAAAAUAUCAUAAAAGUGUGCUAUAAUUCAAUGUUUGAAUCCAUACAAAAUGUAUAAGGGGUUAGAAUGACAUCAGGGUCAAUAAUCCAACAUAUUUCUUGGGUGAGUUGUUCAUUUAGGAUCUAGUUUAGAUUGCACAAAUUUGGAAUGUGUUAUUGGUUUCAUCAUUUUCAGUUGUAAGAACAUCUUGCGUAAUACCUGAACAGUCUGGAUUUAGAGGUCGAUGUUUAUUAACAGGCUACAGUUGGACAAUCAGCCAUUUCAGUUUUAAUGUUUGUAACCUAACUUACCUGUGAUAACACGCAUCCUAAAGCACAGUAUUUUUCCAGUUUUUUUGGUUGGAUACGCUUUUCAGGGGCAUUUCAGAUCAAUUGUCAAAUAGUAGAAAGAGGCUUUCCUACGUGGCUCUGAAGUAUCUAUUUAUUAGUUUGUUUUUAUUUAUCAGUGACAGGGAUCACUAUAAAUAGUAUUUUGUAACGCCUUUUUUAACAAAUGUAUAAUUAUCGGAAGCAGUGCCUUCCAUAAUUAUGACAGUUAUACUGUCGAAAUGUGAAAGCAGCAUCUGCUACGGAGAUAACCUUGUUUUUAAAAGCUAUGAUCAGAAACUACCACAGUUCAUUUCUUUAAAUGAUUAGAUUUAGUUUCUGGCAUCCUCCUUUUGAAUCAAUGUUAUUGCCUGAUCCAGAAUAAUUAUCGGAAGCAGUGGCUUCCAUAAUGCGAAGAAGAUGAUGGUAGUUUUUGCCUACCGUGUUGAUAUCGAGGGCAGUGCCCCUCAUAUUUCACUGUGGUGUGGAUGUAAUUAUCGGGAACAGUGUUUCCCAUGAUGUACAAAUCGCUAUGUUCACACACUCCUACCAUGCUAGUUAUCUGUUGUGAGUCAUGUAGUGCUGUUACCUUCUUCUGCCUUAGAUGAAUCAAAUGUGGAGUGGGUGAGGAUCACAGCAGAGAUCGAAACCUCUGUAAGAUCCUCUCAUAAGAUUCUGUCCUGUUCUCUUAUUCGGUUUUCAUAUUUCUUCUGUUUCUAGCGUAUCAAUGACUUGUUUGUGCCUUUGAAGCUUUAAAGAUUGAAAUAGUUUUCCAUUUUUGUUUGUUUUCUCUUUUUCUUUGUGUGUAUUUAACUUCAAUCAAAUUGUGUUCAACUUCUUCAAACUGAGAUUUCAUUGAAACUAUUCAGCUAAUUGGUUUUACUGGUUUCCUUUUUAUACCAGUAUCAUCUGUUUGUCAUCAUAUCAUAUGGCCGUCAAUAUGAAUCGAGUUGCAAUUGGAAAAUAAUGUUUAUGCACUGAGAAAGACCCUGAUGUACAACUUUAAAAUGUGUCAGAACAUAUAAUGUGGAAGAGAUGAAAAUGGAGAUUAAAGAUUAUUCUAACGAAAAUGUCUUUUAGUUAUCGCUUGCAGAUUCAUGAUUGUCUAUAUUCAUAUCUUUUAAAAAGUCUCUGAAGAAUGCUAUGUAAUGGCAGUAGUAGUUUUGUUCUGGAUAUAAUUGGUUUAUGACAUUACGCAUGUGCAUUCUCAGUUGUAUGAUAAGUCUGCAAGUGAUUAAUAAAAAGUUUGAGCAACUCAUUUA